AUGUCUGGAGGGCUGUUCAUCGUCGCCGCACUCCUCUUUGCUGGGUUAAUGAAAAUUGCAUAUCGCGAGCGCCGCCACUUCCCGCCCGGCCCAACAGGUAUACCUCUUCUGGGGAGCGCCCACCAGCUCCCCGAACGAUUUCAGGAGCAGAAGUUAUCCGAGUGGGGAAAGCAGUACGGCGACAUCGUGUACUUCAAGAUAUUUCGCACGCCGGCGAUCGUGCUCAACACCAUUGAGGCCGCACGAGACCUUUUGGACAGGCGGAGCGCGAAGUACUCUGACAGGCCACGUAUGGUCCUGUUUUCAGAGAUGAUCGGACAGGAAGCGUCGCUUCCCUCCAUCGGAUAUGGAGAACGUCUACGUAGGCAUCGCAAGUGGAUGUUCGACGGUGUGGGUAACAAGGAUAAGCUGAGAAGCUACCGGGACAUACAACGCAGGGAGGCUCGCACCUUGUCGUGCCAUCUUCUUGCUGAUCCAGCGAGAUUCUUUGACCACAUGCACUUAUAUCUGGCGUCGAUUAUGCUCGAGAUCACCUACGGCAAGAGGGUCAUGUCCUUGGACGACGAAUUGGUACGGGUCGCCGAGCGCGGGAUAGAAGGGGCGAACAGCGCAGGAAGCCCUGGAUCCAUGCUUGUCGAUUUCUUCCCCAUACUGAAGUACAUACCAACCUGGUUUCCCGGAGCAGGCUUCAAGCGUCAUGCGACAGUUGUUCGCAGAUAUAUAGAAGAGUGGAAAAAUAAACCUUAUGAAAGUGUGGUGUCCGCAUUGGCAUCUGGCUCAGGCACCCCUUCUAUAUUCGCUACUGUGCUAGCAGAAUAUGGCGGAGCCCCCACGUACGCUGAAGCGGAGGACAUAAAGGGCCUAAGUUUCAGUGUUUACGGAGGUUCGUUCGAGUCAUUGCAGAGCCGUGGAACACUUCUUCAGUUUCUCUUUCACAUGACGCGCAAUCCGCGCGUACUUCUCAAGGCGCAGGAAGAGAUGGACAGAGUCGUGGGCAGCGGGAGACUACCGGACUUCUCUGACCGCAACUCGCUGCCCUACCUUGAUGCAGUACUUGAAGAGGUGUAUCGCUGGCGCCCGUCUUUACCCAUGGCCAUACCACAUCGCGUCGUUACCGAUGACAAGUACCACGACUACGACAUCCCGGCCGGGAGCAUGGUCAUUCCAAACAUUUGGGCCAUGACUCGUGACAUCCGAUACUUUCCAGAACCUGAAGAGUUCCGCCCGGAGCGUUUCCUAGCUUCCAGUGCGCAAGAGGGCGAAUUGCUUCUCCCAAGCAGUUUCGUCUUUGGUUUCGGCCGUAGCAGGAUAUGUCCAGGUCAGGCCUUUGCGGAUGCGAGCAUAUGGCUUGCCAUUGCGUACGUCGCUGCGCUCUUCAAUAUCGAAAAGGCAGUCGACGAAGAAGGCCACGCAAUAACUCCUCCUGCGGAGUUCACCUCGGGGUUUACGAUUCAACCCGUCCCGUUCGUCUGCAAGAUUGUGCCGCGAUCGGAUACGGCGGCUACCUUGAUCGCCCAAGGAGACUGA